UGAUCCUUUAGAUAACAUCAUCUCUAGAUUGUCUUCACUACAUACAAAUCUUUCUCAGCCACUAUUUAUAUUCACCACCAUGACGAACUGCUUUUCGGGUGAUAUUUCCCUCAAUAGCGAGCCCGUUGAUCUGCUGGGGAAAUCCAUGCCACCCCCAACUCUUGAUGUGAAUCCUCGAACCACCCUCAUGAACCACAUCGACCCCAUCGAGAGAACCACCAAGUCGCCAUUAGCCAGGCCAACCUUGACUAUUGACAUUUCUCCCAUCUAUGAACAUGGCCACUGGGCCACUGUUCAUCAUCAGGGUGGUGAUACCCAGGAGAGCCAGCAGUCGAGCUGGCAUGUCAGUGACGAGUCAGACGUCAUCACCCACGGCUUGGACGACGUGCUCGGCAACAAGAUCAGUAUUCGCGUGAACUUUUACGCGCCCAACCCCGUCGAUCCCGGGCAAUUGUGUUGUCUCUACGACAAGACAAACCGACUGGUCAACUUGCUCGAGGAGAUGCCCCCCCUCCACCGACUCGAUGUCCACUUGGAGGCAUCCGACGAGUGGGACUGGCACGAACGAGGCAUAGUCCACGAGAGCGUCAAUCUCUCGUCCUGGUUCCGGCCUGACUACGAGAUCAUAUUGACGCCCUUCUGCCGACUGCAGAGUGUCCAGUCUGUCGACGUCCACGCGCAUUCCUACGAGCUGGAGCGCCUGAUCACCCUGGAAACCUUGGCGGACAUGCAGGUCAUCACACGAGAAGUGACGAGGCAUGGCACCGUAGUGCAGCAUAUCCACUAUCAGCGCCGCCGCCGCGAGCUGCGGGAGAUCAGCAACCGCAUCCUGGAACUAACGUACCUGCUCGACCUGCAUCUCGAUGACCUCCGAGGCCGCACUGCCAACAUGCUCCGGCUCAACCGGUUCAGCCGGUGGUUUGUCGACGGCCGCAGCGGCCAUUCCACCUACGAAUACGAGAUGAUCCAGGCCUUUCAUUACAUCCCGCAGAUCAUCUUGAAGCAUGAGCCGGGUCUCGAGCGUCUCAAAAGACGACACCGCAUCAUGCUGGCCCUCAACGCCAUCCGGGAAGUGUCGAUUCAUGUCUCACCUAAACGACAACAAGAAGGUCAUCUGUCGGACCUUCUUCCCUUAUCUGUCCGACGGGAGGCGUUCCUCGGUCAAUACGCUUCGACAAACUACCUGAUGCCCUGGGAUCAAGAGGACUGGUUCGAUCAGUUCCCUAAGGGUCUCCCUUCAUUCAAAAAUGCCCUGUUUCAGAGGCGGUUUGGCGAGUGGGUGAGUUCUGUCCAGGGCAUGGAGGUGCGAACCGACAUGGACACGUUUUAUUGGCGGUUUCACUGCGUUCUGCAGAUGAUGCAGACGCUUGAGGGUACAGAUAGCGAGACCUCUUCAGAUGAGUCUGAGGAUUGGUUCGAGGAUCCGCCGGAGGAAUACCAGGAGUAUUUAGAAAGCAGUUCGGAUCUUUCAGGUUUUUGGGAGAGUUCUGAGAGUUCUGAAAGCUCUGAAAGCUCUGAAAGCUCGGAUAAUUCAGAUAGUUCGGAGGAUGAUUCUGACCAUGAGGAUUGGGGUAGUUUAGCAGAAAUAUACAUGGUGGGAAUCUAAAUCACCGGUGUAUUGAUGGUAUCGAUCAAUAUUAUUGAACGUCUGUCGAUAUAUAUAUUAUCAUCAAAUAAGG